UCUCUUAUACUUCCCUUAUACUUUUGUGUCUAGUCCAAAUCGGGCUACGUAUAACGACCAUCAAACGUCUAUAUGGGACACGCGGGAAGGUCCAGACCAGCUAUAUAGUUUGAUACAUAAUAGCAUGCCUGUACCCAACUCCCCGCUCGUCCUGUAUAUUACAUGUGUUCUGUGACUCGUUCACAGUUAAAACUUUACGCUUAUGACUUGGAGAGCUCCUGAUAAUCUGAGAUUCUACAUACAGGAAGCACGCCUCGUGUCCAUCAAUUUGAACUCAUCUCAGCCCAGCGUUGAUGCCGCUUUACAUACUCUUCCCCGCCGAUACAGGAAACUAAGAGCAAUCCAUCCACUUCAGCUCGCGCUCUUCAACGAAUAUUGUCAAGACUGGGCAGAGGAUUUUGUUCCGUGCAUGUCGCUUGGUGAAGAAGAUGAGGAUAAAGAGACGGGUGAGCGCUUCACGGUGCCCUGUCCACCUUUCUAUCAAGUUCCGUCUAUCAGUCUGGCCCGGGCUGAUAGCCUCAAGCGAUUGUUCACCUUGGUCUUUGCUUCUGAUGCAGAUGAUCCGGAUCAUGCUAUCUUCAAAUGUAUAACGUGGUCCCAAUUAGUGGAUCAUGAUGAUGAGCGGCAUUGUCGGAAUGCCAUGAGCAUCUUCAUCCAGCCCCCUUGGGUCCUCUCUGUCCGCGAUCUCGAGCUAUUUGGCAAGCGUCAAUCAGUAUGGACGGCUAACAAUGUCGAAGCAUUCGCUGCUAACGUAUAUCACCAGUUCUUUGGGUCAUCUUCAACGCCGUGGCACGAACGUCCUACUACACCCCAUGAAAGGCUAUGGUACAAGCUAUGGGACUGCUGUAUCACCAGAAGCUGCCCAUGGUUUGUCGUAAGCACUUACACCCAUUGGGUCUUUGGAGUGUUCUCGAACGGGUGGACUGCAGCGUUUGUUUCUCCAGUGUAUAGCCAUGACUCUCACGAUCCAUCUGUUUUACAACUCCUGUUAUUCUGGCUUUGUUCAGCAAUGGGACUUCCUGGAGCCUUAGUCGCCGAUCUCGCCGUCACUGAUAAGUCAACAUUGACCCUCUGGGCUGGUGAUGACUAGAUCCGCGUCAUUCGAUUCUAUUUGAUUGAAGCAGGCUGCGUAUGCGCGCUUACUAUUAUUGUAGGUAUACCAAAGUUCUGCUAUUUCCCUUCCAGUUUGAGAGGAUUACGCCGAAUGCUUCGUUUUCAUCUCAGCCCCACCAUGAUAACUAUCCUCUAGUACUCCCGAUCAGUUAAAAACAGCCAAGGCACCUAC